AUGGCUCCCUCAGACAGGACUCUGGAUGGUAGACCCUUCAAGGAGCGACGGAGCUUGGCUAUGAGGAGGAAUGAAGUAUUGAACAUUCGCAAUAAAUAUCCCAACAAGUUACCGGUAAUUGUAGAGCGAUACCCAAAGGAGAGAUCCCUACCUCACUUAGAUAAAUCCAAGUACCUUGUACCUCUGGAACUCAGUCUAUGUCAGUUCAUGAUGAUUAUCAGGAGUCGAAUGUCAGUCUCCUCCAGCCAAGCCUUCUACCUGAUGGUGAACGACAGGAGUCUGGCAAGUAUGUCUCUGACCAUGGCUGAGAUCUAUGCAGAGUACAGGGAAGAAGAUGGCUUUCUCUACAUGACGUACGCCUCCCAGGAAAUGUUUGGCUGCUCUCUGUGAUGGCUGCUCCUGACUUGACUUUGACCAGGAAACUGAAUUAAACCAGACUGUGUGUUUUAUUUUCCCUGCUUGCUCUUCCA